UCUCUUCCCAUCUCGAACUGCAGGCCGUGGAGAGUGAGCAGGGGAGCGGCCUCGGGCUAACACACAGUCACAUCCGAUCCGACCGACCUAGCUCCGAUCCGACCCAACGACGCCUCCCACCGCCGUUACGCCCUAGGGCUCUCUCCUCCUCCUCCGGCAUCCCGCCUCUACCUACCACCCGCCCCUCGUCGCCGCCGUCUCCGCCCUCGUCGCGUCCCCUGCCGUCUCCGCCCCGGCCGCAGCAACCCUCGGACGCCGUCUUCUCAUCGAGGGAAACUAGAUCCGCCCCCCGCUGGGUUCGUGCCCCCCUGUUAAGCCCGCCGCCCCUGUACAGCGAAGCGAACCUGAGCUGCCUCGUCGACGGCGAGGAUGCCUGGCCUACCUCUACCUCCUGCUGCCCAGGACGCAGGGAACGCUGGCAGUGGAUUCGGUUACCCCCGGUCUACAGACCAGACGUGUCGCCAACAGUUAAGACCUCGAUUGUCGCCAGAUGAGCAGCUUGCUGCAGAAGAAAGCUUCGCGCUGUACUGCAAGCCAGUUGAGCUGUACAAUAUUAUUCAACGAAGAGCCGUAAAAAAUCCCGCUUUUUUGCAAAGAUGCCUUCAUUACAAGAUACAUGCAAGACGGAAAAAGAGGAUCCAAAUAACUGUAUCACUUUCUCGAGGUACAAAUGCCGAAUGGCCAGAACAUAACAUCUUUCCUCUUUAUGUUCUGUUAGCUACACCUACCAGUAACAUUUCGCUUGAAGGGCACUCUCCGAUAUAUCGAUUCAAUCAGGCCUGUUUGCUUACGUCUUUCAGUGAAUUUGGUAAUAAAGAUCACACCAAAGCUACAUUCAUAAUUCCGAAUCUGAAGAAUUUAACAACCUCCCGAGCUUGCGGCCUUAACAUUAUCCUUAUUAGCCGUGUUUCAGAAGGGCAAGUUGGAGAAAAUAUUGGCGAAAAUAACACUUCAGGGAACCAUGUGGAAGGCUCUGCUCUCCAAAAGCUUGAAGGGAAUUGUAACUGGGGUAAAAUACCAAUUGAUUUACUUGGUUCGUCUUUGGAGAAUUGUGUGACCUUAAGUUUGGGACAUACUGUGGAGUUGGCCUCUACAGUUAGUAUGAGCCCAAGCUUCCUAGAGCCAAAAUUUCUGGAACGGGACAGUUGCUUGACAUUUUGCUCCCAUAAGGUUGAUGCAACGGGUUCAUAUCAACUUCAAGUAGGCAUAUCUGCUCAAGAGGUUGGCGCAAGAGACAUGUCUGAAUCUCCAUACUAUAGUUACUCAUACAGUGAUGUCCCACCUCCAAUGUUACCACAUGUUAUAAGGUUAAGAGCUGGUAAUGUGGUUUUCAACUACAAGUACUACAACAAUACUAUGCAAAAGACUGAAGUCACUGAAGAUUUUGCUUGCCCCUUUUGCUUGGUACCGUGUGGAAGCUAUAAGGGUUUGGGGUGUCACUUGAACUCGACGCAUGACCUAUUCCACUUCGAGUUUUGGAUAUCUGAAGAAUGCCAGGCUGUUAAUGUUAGUCUGAAGACAGAUGCCGCCUGGAGAACUGAGCUUGUGGCGGAGGGAGUUGAUCCAAGACAUCAAACAUUUUCCUACUGCUCAAAGUUCAAGAAACGUAGAAGGUUGGCAACCACAGCUCAGAAAACAAGUUAUGUACAUCCACAUAUCAUAGAUUUAGAUUCACCUGAAGAUGCCCAGGCAGUGUCUGAAGAUGACUUUGGGCAGAAGGAAGAUGUUUCAGGUAUUUCUGUAGCACAUGCUUCCGCCGAUGCGGCGAACUCAUUACAUGGCAGCAGUCUUUCGCCACCAGCUGCCAACAAUCUUUCGCCACCAGCAGUACUACAGUUUGGAAAGACAAGGAAGCUAUCUAUGGAGCGAGCUGACCCCAGAAACCGGCAACUCCUGCAGAAACGUCAGUUCUUCCAUUCUCACAGAGCACAGCCAAUGGCAUUGGAACAAGUUUUCUCGGAUCGUGAUAGUGAAGAUGAAGUUGAUGAUGACAUUGCUGACUUUGAAGAUAGAAGGAUGCUUGACGAUUUUGUUGAUGUCACACAAGAUGAGAAGCUUAUUAUGCAUAUGUGGAAUUCAUUUGUUCGGAAACAAAGGGUGCUAGCUGAUGGUCAUAUACCUUGGGCCUGUGAGGGAUUCUGCCAGUCUCAUGGGCAAGAACUUGUAAAGAACCCUCCUCUAUUAAUGUGCUGGCGCUUCUUCAUGAUCAAACUCUGGAACCACAGCCUACUAGAUGCCCGUGGCAUGAACACCUGCAACCUCAUUCUUGAAGCCUUCCAAAAGGAAAGCCAGUCAGGCCCCAAGAAACUUGACUAGAGCAGAAGAGUGCUCUGGUACUUAGGAACUGAAAACCUUUGUCUGUAAGUCGAUGUUUGGAGGAAAAGAAAGCGUUUGGAGAGCAACUUUUGCGUUGGGGAGGAAAAGAAAGGCGACAACCGCACACCACCCGGGGGCCAUUGUUUCGUUCAGGAUUAUUCUCAAUUCUAUUUGUUGAUCCGUCGUCAUAUUGGCACUGUAAUGUCACCUAAAUAAAACUUAAAACUGUAAUCGGAUGUCUGUACAUGGAAUGCUGUUCGUUGUAACUGUAAAGGCAUGCAUUUGCAUGGAAUGUUGGUCCGUCAUAUUCUGUGCCAUCGACAAGUUUCUUGCUUUUGCAUU